GGGGUCGGCCUGGAAUGCGCGCGCACCUGCCCGCCCCUUGGCCCUCCCCGCCCCUCGAGGGAGGGGUCUGCAGAGGCCCCACCCGCGCGUCUCGCCUGAGGCUGGUCAGCUCAGACCAGGUGCCCGCCCCCGCCGGUUAAAUGGGCCGGCGGGGAGUAGCCCCCGGAAACUGCCCGGAACUCCGGGGCUGCGAGCGCGACGGGCGGCAGCGUCGAAGCACAGAGAGCAUCAUGGCAGGGCAGGUGGCUCUGAGCCGGACCCAGGUGUGCGGGAUCCUGCGGGAAGAGCUGUACCAGGGUGAUGCCUUCCAUCAGGCUGAUACGCAUAUCUUUAUCAUCAUGGGUGCAUCGGGUGACCUGGCCAAGAAGAAGAUCUACCCCACCAUCUGGUGGCUGUUCCGGGAUGGCCUUUUGCCCGAAGACACCUACAUCGUGGGCUAUGCCCGCUCCCGCCUCACAGUGGCUGACAUCCGCAAGCAGAGCGAGCCCUUCUUCAAAGCCACCGCGGAGGAGGAACCCAAACUGGAUGAGUUCUUUGCUCGCAACUCCUACGUGGCCGGUCAGUACGACGACACAGCCUCCUACGAGCGCCUCAACAGCCACAUGAACGCUCUCCACCAGGGCCCACAGGCCAACCGCCUCUUCUACCUGGCCUUGCCCCCCACUGUCUAUGAGGCUGUCACCAAGAACAUCCACGAAACCUGCAUGAGCCAGACAGGCUGGAAUCGCAUCAUCGUGGAGAAGCCCUUCGGGAGGGACCUGCAGAGCUCCAACCGGUUGUCCAACCACAUCGCCUCCCUGUUCCGCGAGGACCAGAUCUACCGCAUCGACCACUACCUGGGCAAGGAGAUGGUCCAGAACCUUAUGGUGCUGAGGUUUGCCAACAGGAUCUUCGGCCCCAUCUGGAACCGGGACAACAUCGCCUGCGUCAUUCUCACCUUCAAAGAGCCCUUUGGCACUGAGGGUCGUGGGGGCUACUUCGAUGAAUUUGGGAUCAUCCGGGAUGUGAUGCAGAACCACCUCCUGCAGAUGCUGUGUCUGGUGGCCAUGGAGAAGCCCGCCUCCACCCACUCGGAUGACGUCCGCGAUGAGAAGGUCAAGGUGUUGAAAUGUAUCUCAGAGGUGCAGGCGAGUAACGUGGUCCUGGGCCAGUAUGUGGGGAACCCCAACGGAGAGGGAGAAGCCACCAAAGGGUACCUGGAUGACCCCACAGUGCCCCAGGGGUCCACCACAGCCACCUUUGCGGCCGUCGUCCUCUACGUGGAGAACGAGCGGUGGGACGGGGUGCCCUUCAUCCUGCGCUGCGGCAAAGCCCUGAACGAGCGCAAGGCCGAGGUGCGCCUGCAGUUCUGCGACGUGGCCGGGGACAUCUUCCGACAGCAGUGCAAGCGCAAUGAGCUGGUGAUCCGCGUGCAGCCCAAUGAGGCCGUGUACACCAAGAUGAUGACCAAGAAGCCUGGCAUGUUCUUCAACCCCGAGGAGUCGGAGCUGGACCUGACCUACGGCAACAGAUACAAGAACGUGAAGCUCCCCGACGCCUACGAGCGCCUCAUCCUCGACGUCUUCUGUGGGAGCCAGAUGCACUUCGUGCGCAGUGACGAGCUGCGGGAGGCCUGGCGGAUCUUCACUCCUCUGCUGCACCAGAUCGAACGUGAGAAGGCCCAGCCCAUCCCCUACGUCUACGGAAGCCGCGGCCCUGUGGAAGCGGACGAGCUGAUGAAGAGAGUGGGCUUCCAGUACGAGGGCACCUACAAGUGGGUGAAUCCGCACUAG